CCUACAUUUUCGACUGUUGCUUUACUACUUUUGGUAUCUUCACGAGAGGCUGACGAUGGCUCUCCGCAUGAUCAGUCGCCGCGCUGCGCGCUUCGCUGCCGUUGCAACUCGUCCGCUUGCCCCUUCCGCAGCUGCUGCGCGGGCAUCUCCGUGCUUGGGCGCAUCGGCACUUCGGAUGCAGACUCGCUCGUUUGCCAAGGCCAAGAAAGCCAAGGGCGGCAAGAGCAAACCUGCUCCCGUUCUAGACGAUGAUGACGAUGACCUGGGCGACGAAGAGGACGGAGGAGCUGCAAAGGCGCUGGAGAAGGCCAAGAAGAACAUGAACGGCGCUGUGGUCAACUUCACACGUACAUUGAGCCAGAUGCGGCCGGGACGUGCGGACGCCGGCAUCUUUGACGAGCUGCACGUACAGGCGUACGGCCAGCAUGUACCGCUCGCGCAGGUGGCACAGGUGGCUGUUGCCGGCACACACGCGCUGAGUGUGACGGUCUACGACCCGUCGCUCAUGCAGGACGUCAAAAAGGCAAUUGAAGGCACGAACCCAGUCUACUCUGUGCGCGAGGACGUGAGCUCGCUCGAGAUUUCCUUCCCCAAAAUGUCGAAGGAGACUCGUGCUGAGCUGCUGAAGGCCACAAAGAAGCAGGCGGAACAGGCUCGGCAACACGUGCGUCGUGUGCGACAAGAUGCCAUGAACCACGCCAAGAAACUCAAAGACACUGUGUCGGAAGAUGACGUUGAGGUUCAGAAGGACCGCAUCCAGAAGAUCACAGACAGCUCCAUUGCUGAGAUCGACAAGCUUUUGGCUGCCAAGGAGAAAGACCUCAACACUGUCUGAGAGCAAAGACGGAGGUAGAGUACUCACUCGCCUGACAUAGAAUACAGACGACAACGGUGCGUUUGGUUUGCCCGAUACAAGGGUACAAUGUAGUCUUGAUGUAGUUGCAUUCUACCUCUACAAGAUGCUCCAUUGGUUGCGCACUCGAACGGCCAUGUGACGCACAAGGCGUUUGCGG